UCGCCGAUUUUUUGCGGAUAUUGAAUUGGAAGUAUUUUUAUCGGCGUCAUGGCUUUUCAUUUCCUUGUCUAAGCGACUCUCAGAUGUCGGACACGGAGUAGGAAAGUAAUUUAGAAAUCGGAGAUUUGUAGGGAAACUGAAAAUCGAAUAAUUUGAAGACAGUGAUCAAUAUAUUUAUCUAUUGUUUGCCUUUUGAAUGGGAACCUGUGCGGUUACGAAAUUAUGACUGAUAUAGCAUUUUUUAUAAGGUUUUUGACUUCUUAUAAUGACUCAUUUUAUAGUUACAAAAUGUGAGUGAAAUACCUACAAAUAGAGAACAAUGGACUGACAGAUCAACCUAAUUAGAAAGAAAGAAUGUCAUCAUAAACCAUGUCGGGCGGCGGAAGUAAGGGCAAGUCGCGGGGCUCGCGCGGCGCCGGCUGGGAGGAGGCCGGGGCGGAGUUCUACCAGGAGUUGUACCCUGGCGCCGAGCAGGAGCUGUUCGAGAAUCUGCAGCGCGCCGACACGCGCCGCCUCGCCACGCUGCUGCCCUCCAAACACGCCCGGAACACUACCACGGUGAAACGCGCCCGGUCCCAGAAUGAGAGGCGCCAGUCGACCUUCGCCCGCACGAUGCAGAGCCGCGACAUACAUCUGUCAAUGUUACCAGAUCUAUCAGAGAACCUGUCAAACGAGGAGCGGACAUGGGAGGAGAUCAUGCAAAUUAAGGCGAUGCCUGUCCCGAUGACCCAGAAACGAGAGCUUAAGGCGAGACUUCAGAACGCCACAAAACUUCGCCUGCAAGGCUUAGAGCAGCUCCACUGGCGACAACGGAAAGUAUGGCACCGAUUCAGAGCACGGUUCACAGAGCUGAUGGGAAAGCUGGAGUUAUGGCAGUCACCCAUGAGGGAAAUCGAAGGGAAAUUCGGGACGGGAGUAGUCUCAUACUUUCUCUUCUUAAAAUGGCUGCUAUUCCUGAACCUCACCAUAUCUCUAUUCGUGAUACUCUUUCUAAUACUACCAAAGGUUUUACUAGUCGAGGAUACCCGCAAAUGCGAGGGUUUUCCGCAAAAUUCGUCAACAUGCUGUUCUGAAGCAUAUCUAGAUAGGAAUUUGACGGAUUCCAACAUAGUGUUAGACGUGAUUCAAGGCACGGGAUGGAUGGAACGGACGAUAUUGUUCUACGGCGUAUACAGCGAUCAGAUAUACACGUAUUAUCUGAAGAAUCUUCUCGAGAAACAAAUGUACUAUAACAUGCCACUGGCAUAUAUCCUUGUGCCAAUCGCUUGGGCCCUCUUGUCGCUGGUUACCAUCGCAAGAUCCGGUGCCAGAGGCUUCAAAGAGCGGCUGGUCGAAAGCGAAGGUCAGUUUUACCUGUACUGCAACAUAGUGUUCGGCGGCUGGGACUUCUGCAUCCACAACGACAGAUCCGCCAAGAUAAAACACAAGGCCAUCUUCAACGAAAUCAAAGGGUGCCUCGAAGAAGAACGGUAUAAAGAAGAAAAGUCUUCAAGAAGUAGAGAGAGCCAGAUCCUCCUGUUUCUGAAAAGGUUGCUAGUGAACCUGAUAGUUUUUGUUAUACUCAUCGCGUCUGGAGUGUUUAUAUAUUUCGUCUUUUAUUACUCCAUGGAGCAACUCAAGAGUAACAGCACUCCGUUACUCCAGAACACUCCUCUGACUGAGAGUUUGAACUUCAACAGCACUCGCGCGGAAAAACUACUUUCGUUCACAGUAGACCCGUUUGGGCAACUUCAAGUGACAUUUCUGGAGUUUCUUCCAUUCUUCUGCAUUGUGAUACUGAACAUAAUAGUACCGGUGUUAUUCGGGUAUCUGAUUCAAUUCGAAAACUACGUUCCGGCGUCUGUCAUAAUAAUAACUUUGUUAAGAACUGUCUUGUUAAGGUUAUCCUCCCUGGCUGUUUUGCUUUGGCAGAUUCACAUGCAUAUAACGAAAGAUAAUGGCGUCCAAUGCGCUUUGAAUAACGAGACUUCUGCCUCGGUCGAAUGCUGGGAGACAUACGUAGGUCAGCAGUUGUACAAAUUAAUACUAACGGAUUUCGCCGUACAAUUCGUGACUACGUUCUUUAUUAACUUGCCGAGAGCUUUCGUCGCCCGUCAUUCCAACAGUCGUUGUCUGAAAAUAAUCGGCGAACAAGACUUCUACUUACCAAAACACGUGUUGGACAUCGUUUAUACCCAAACUAUUAUAUGGAUGGGCACAUUCUUCUGUCCAUUUCUCCCGAUUAUCGGGACUAUAUUCUAUUUCUUAAUAUUCUACGUUAAAAAGUUCACUUGUCUUGUGAACUGUACGCCUUCUCCGGUCGUGUAUAAAGCGUCUAAAUCUAAAAGUCUGUUCAUGUCUGUACUCCUGCUUGGGUUUAUAAUAUCCAUGACGCCGGUCGCUUAUUCCAUAGCUGAAAUAGUUCCGAGCGUUAACUGUGGGCCUUACAGAGGCUUGGGGACAGUAUGGGAGUUCGUUAUUUUGACUUUCAACACGUUCCCAGGUUUUAUAAGGGACGCAAUAUUCUUUGUAGGAAAGUCUACUUUUGCUGUUCCAGCGUUUGCGAUACUUCUGUUCUUCUUGUACUAUUACUGGGCCGUGGCCACAGCUAACCGGCACAUGGUGGCGGUUUUGAAGAACCAGUUAGUUUUAGAAGGGCAUGAUAAGCAGUUUCUCCUGAAUAGAUUGAGCGCUUUCAUAAGACAGCAUCAGAAACGGUGCGAGAGAAGGAACCGGGCCAGUUUCGCUGACGAUGACUCGUCGAUACGGCAGAGCUCAAGGUAGACUUCACGGCGUUAGGUAAACUGUACACCUAAAAAAUGUUAUAAAAGAAAAUAUGCUCAGUCUAAAACUAUACGAUCUUAUUGCUCAAAAUCAUAAGGUAAGGUAGAUGCCAAGUUGUUCCGGCCAAGUAGUGAACGCAAUACAUGAAAUAAUUCUCGCUCCCCAUUUGUCCGGCCAAGUAGUUAAUGCCAUCUGCGACAAAUCUACAAUAAGUCACAUCAAAAAAAAUACAAAAAACAUUAGAUUGUAUGGAGCGCCCGGGGAGUGACUAGGCAACUGGGUAGUUUCCUAGGUCAAAGAUAAAUUAUGAAAUUCUGAUCACUAAAUAAAAACGGGGGGUUAAAAUGGCUACAUCGAAGCAAUUCAUCUAAGAAAAUAUUGCUAUUUGACAUUUGUUUGCAUUGCGCACUUACUUUUAUAUGCGCAAAUGUCAAAUUGGAAUAUUGCUUUCUUAGAUGAAUUGCAUCGAUGUGGCCAUUUUGACCCCCCUGGUGACAAAGAACGUUCACUUUUUUCUAUUUAACUUAUUCGUGCAUUUUAAUAACAAAGAUGGAAUAAUGAUAAAUGCGACAUUUUGUCACGUUUUUCUAUGACGUCACAGUGUGCUUUUUCAUACAAAUUCCAUAGUAAUUUCGUGUUUUGACGUUUAGUAAAAAGUAACUGAUUUGACCAAUUGGAAACUACCCUACUACCUUAUUGGCUGCAUUUUGCUAACUUUCACUGCCAUACAAAUACAGGAUGUUAGCGACAUCGUAACGAAUACUGAGGGGGAUGAUUCAGACCAUGAUUCUGUGUUGAUUUCAAGUGGAAUUUUCGCCUCAAAAUUCAUGAUAAUUUUAUGUUUUUCUUAAAUAUUGUGAGUUUUAUGACUGUGUCUUUAUUUUUGUUAAUUUAACAUAUUUUUUACACCGAUAGCCAUUUUUAUUCAAUAACAAAAUUUAGUUGUAAUUAAAUGAUUUUUAAAUUAAUCCAAAAUUAAAAUUUUAAUUAAAUAUAUAUAUAUAUAUUUAAAUUAUUUACCAUUCUAUACUUAUGCGAUGGAAAAAUUUGAUAUCAACUCAGAAUCAAGGUCUGAAUCGUCCCUCAAAGUUUUCGUUACGAUGUCAAUAACACCUUGUAUACAAUAACGUAUAACGAAUGCCACGAUGUAUUGUAUAGUAGUUUAAAAAUACAAUUUUAUAUGCGUGUAUUUAUUAGUACUAUAUGUUAGUAUAAGGCUGCCAUGACACUUGUGUAAAAAAAAUAAAUAAAAAUAAUGUAGAAUUGAUAAGGAGAAGCAAAUUAAGCAUACAUCCAUAAACUCACGACUAUUUAUAAAGAGGGAAUUUACAGGCUACGCUCCCAAAAACAAUAUAGACAGUGGCGGCCCUAGCAAAAUAUUUAGGUGGUGCCAGACCUCAGUGGCACCCCUCAGCCCCUUAAAAUUAAAAAUAAUAAUAAAAACACUUUAUUGCACACAAAUUUACAUAACAUUUAUAGGAUAAACUUAUUCUAAGGUGGGCAAAGGCGGCCUUAUCGCUAAGAGCGAUCUCUUCCAGACAACCCUCGGAAGAGGAUAUAGAGGACACUUGAACAGCUAGCUGCAGUGUAGCACGCAAAAAAGUAAAAAAAAAAUAAGAAAAAAAAAUAGACAUACAUAUAUACAGGGUGUCAGUGACAUCGUAACGAAUACUGAGGGGGAUGACUCAGACCAUGAUUCUGAGUUAAUAUCAAGUGGAAUUUCCUGUCGGAAUAUUCAUGAAAAUUUUUGUGUUUUUUUUCAAUUAUUUUCUGGUCCAUACAUUUGCGACGGAAAAUUCCACUUGAUAUCAACUCCGAAUCAUGGUCUGAAUCAGCUCUCAAAGUUUUCGUUACGAUGUCACUAACACCCUGUAUAUAUAUUAAAAUGUUGUUUACUGCCAUCCGGUGUGAGUAAUCUAACCCGAAGAAGUGAGUUUAUGUAUGAAUGUAUGUGUCCAUGUCCAUAAUGUUCGUAUAACAUAUUGUCUGAGAUUAGUAUCUUACACCCGUUUUCUAAGUUGCUAACUCUAACCUUCCUCGACUCUGUCCUGACUCGGCACAGGGCCCUAGACGUUCUUUAAAAAAAAUAAACAUAAAAUAUUAGUAUACAAUUGAGUAAUAUAGCUGCCUAAUAUCAGUUCUCAGACAGUUAAUCCCAUGCAUUCAUAUCUUCUAAAUAAUCACUAACUUUAUAAUUACCUUUUUUGUAAAGUUUUUGUUUAACUACUGUCUUAAAACAGUUGAAAGGCAAAUUCAGAAUGUCAAUGGGAAUCUUAUUGUAAAAACGUAUACAUUGCCCCUUAAAAGAUUUAGUAAUCUACUUUGUUACUUUUGUACAUACCUGUGGGCUUAGCACCGAACUCUCGCGACUCUUUCUCGCCUCGACAUACGUCACCCGUCUCUCUCACACAGUACUGCACAGAAAGAGACAGAUGAUCUCUGUCGCGGCGGGAAAGAGUCGCGUGCUUACAAUGCUAAGCCCGCUGGUUUUGUUAUGUCAUGAUUAUUGUAGUAUUAUUAUGUUGGCAGUAUGACAUGCUCGACUCCAGUGAGUAAACUCCUCGAGUCGAGGAUGUAAAUGUCAACUUGAAGUACUAAAAUGCUCAACUGAGGACUGAGGUGGAGGAAGAGUUGAGUGAACGGUCACGAGAAUUAAUAUGUAUACACUUUGGUACCAUGUCACAUUAACUUUUUUGACAAAUUGAACUGUAAAUCUCACUAAAUGUCAAAUAUGUUAGUGCGACAGAGUCCUAAAGUGGGUAUAUUAUAUUGCUCAUGACUGAACGUCUUUGAAUACGGUUAUAAGUUCAUCAAUAUUUAAGCGUUUUCUAUGUAAAAACAUUCCUUGUAUGGGUCUUUUGUAAAUAUCUAUCUAAACUAUAACAUUGUAUAAGUAGCAAGUUAAUAUAAGUUAUGUAACAAUUUAUACCGAAUAAUUUAAGUUUAAGUAAUGUAAAAUAAUUAGAAGCUUCGAAAAGCACGUUAAGCCGUUGGUCCCGGGUUGCUAGCCAUAAAAAACCACCAACUCGCAGUGGAGCAGCGGGUAUGCUCUACACCUCUGGUUGAUUGAGGGGAGGCCUGUGCCCAGCAGUGGGACGUUGGUAGGCUGUUUAUGUUACUAUGUAAAAUAAUCGGAGAUAGCGUUGCCGGCUAAAUACUAUUUGCUAAAAUAACGGUGCUAAUUCCUGUACACACCAUCUAAUUUUAUUUUAAGUUAUACCUGCCAUUUUCUUAUCCGACGAAAAGGAAAGUGACAGGUAAUCGACAAGCAUAAAAUUUAUGGAACACACGUUAAUUUUAAGCACAGAUCUAAAAUAACCUUAUAAAAAAAUACAUUGGCCAAUAACCGACAGAAUUAAGGUGACAGCACACAUGCGAGACACCUAUUUGAUUCAUUCAUUUACCCAUUCUCCCUAAAAAUUUUAAUUUUAAAGCGAAUGAGCAACUCGGGCGAAUGAAAUAGGCAUCUCGCUGGUAUGUAAUCCGUUUGACGUGCUGUCUAUUUAAAUCUGUCGGGUUUUUGGCUGAUAUAAAAUUUUUAGACGAUUGUUUUAGAUUUCUGCUUAAAAUUGACGUGUAUUCCAUAAAUUUUAUGCCUGUCGAUUACCCGCCCCUUUCUUUUUCAACGGAUAAGAAAGUGACAGGUAUAACUUAAAAUAAAAUUAGAUGGCGUCUGCAGGAAUUAGCACCAAUGUAAAUAUAAAUUAGGUUUACUGAGGGCCUAUUUCAUCACUUCCUGAGGGGGGUAGUUCUCCGAACUCCGAAAGUCAAUAUAAUUACUGUAAAAUCCACCUUUCCACCUUUGGCUACAUCCUUGCUGUAAAGUAAAAUUGUGAUCAAAUGAGCGUAUUGGAAAAAAAACCUCUAUAAUGUCCAAAAAAUGAUAAAAAUGUUAGUGACAUCGUAACGUGUACUGAGGGGAAUGAUUCAGACUACGAUUCUGGGUUGAUAUCAAAUAGAUUUUCCUGUCGGAAAAUUCAUGAAAAUUUUAGUGAUUUUUAUAAUUAUUUUCAGUUCCAUCCUUUUGCGACGGAAAAUUUUACUUGAUAUCAACUCUGAAUCGUGGUCUGAAUUAUCCCUCAAAGUUUUCGUUACGAUGUCACUAACACCCUGUAUUCUCAGCUAGUGAUGAAUCAGACCGUAAUAUUCACUUAUUUUUCUUGUACAGAUGCAUUUUUUUUAUUGUAGUGUCGGACCAGAAAUAUACAAGUUAUACAAUAGUACGGGCAAGCAUCAUGACCUCCCUAGCCUUAUCCCGUUUUUCACAGGGUCCGUUUACCUAACCUGAAGAUUUGACAGGUCCGGUUUUUACAGAAGCGACUGCCUCUCUGACCUUCCAACUCGCGAAGUGAAAACCAGUCCAAUGCAGCAGAGCUAACAUACACAACGUGAUAUAAUAUCGAUCGAUUCAAUAAAUUUUGACGAAAUCGAUAAGUUUGUUUUUUCCUUAACAUGCGUGCCACGUGAUGAAACUAAUGCUCGUAUUUUGACAGAACGACAUAUUAGCACCCAUCGACAAUACGACAUAAUUAUAUCGUCAGAAUCGAUAAAUUGACCGUGACAAAAUUUUAUCACGUUGUGCAUACUUACAGGUUAGGUCACAUACCUCCGAAACACAUUAUCGGGAAUGUGGGAAAUCACCAACUUAAUUUGGCAGGACUGAAACUAGAUCUCUCUUUCUUACACUUAUUAUAAGUGAAGAACGACACUAGUUUAAGAUCUGUUAAACUAAAAUUGGGAUUAAUCAUCAAGAAAAAAAAUACGUAAGACAUGGCUGUAUGGGCAUAGUUCCCUUUGCCUUACACUUCGGAAAAACCAAAACAAAAAAAAAAUAACUAAAAUUGGGUUUUUUCCGUUUAAUGGUCAGGCUAAGAUCACGACGCCAUGUUGCCUAGUAAAAUUGGUUCGUGUUUUCAAAUACUAUCUAUAAAUAAGUUUUUUUUUCUUAUAUAUUUCUGGCCUUGAUAUUAAUAUUUUUUGUCUAUAGGGAAAACAAGUGGUCAUUCAUUACUUUAGGAAAAUCACCCUUAGCCCAGUUGCGCAAAGUCAAGCAAUGGAUACAUUUACUCACUCUCCUCCGUGCUUCAGAAGGCACGAAAAAGAAAUCCAAAUUUGCUUAAGUCAUAUAAAGCGAAGAGUCCAUAAACUCUAUAGACAAAAAAUGCCAAAUAUUUAUUUUUAAUGUUACUCUAUUUAAAGACAAGUAGCAUUUCGGUGAUCUCAUUUUUUUUAUAUUCUCUUUAUAUUAAUAUCUAUUUUACGAACUUUCGCCGCCAUAAAUGUACCUACUCCGCGCAAAGCGUUAUAUUUUUGUAUACUUGUCUCGGAAGUUUUUGUAUUCUUUAUACAUAUAAGUAAAGAAAUAGGGUUGGAAAACUUAAAUAAGAAUUCCAACCCUAUGAAUUGUCAUUAGUGACGUUCUCGAAUGUUCCCGCUUUGGUAAUGUUCUGGACAGGGAAAAAGCGUAAAACUUAUAUAAAAAGAACUUUAUUACCUAACCUUUAGGCAGAUAAGACCAUAGUAGUCAUGAGCAAAAUUAUGUACCCACUUUAGGACUCUGUCGCACUAACAUGUUUGACAUUUAGUGAGACUUACAGUUCAAUUUGUCAAAAAAGUUAAUGCGACAUGGUACCAAAGUGUAUACACAUUAAUGCUCGUGCGUGACCGUACAAGAAAGAACAUUUAGAACAAGAAAGUAGCCAGUGUUUCAACUACUUAUAUAAAGAAUACAAAAACUUAUGAGACAAGUAUACAAAAAUAUAUCAUACUAUUCUGUGCCAGGGAAUGAAAUUUUGGUGAAAAAAAGCACGUUAUAAUAAAUAACUCUCCUUUUUGCUUCGCAGCAGUCGGGUAAAUAUCGAAUCUAUGUAGAAUCUUUAAUUAUGUCUGCCUAACACUGCCGAGUCAAAAAAUCUUGUUUAUAAUAACAAAGUAAGCAUGUCUGAAAUACUUUGGA